GACUGGCGAUGGGUUCGAGGAAACGCCGUUUUCUAGCAGGUGCGUCUACGUGCGUCUACGUGCGUCGUCGUCGUCGUCGUCGUCGUUCGACUUUCACUCGCGACGUUUAACGGUGGGGACCACCGGACGAAGAACACGGGUAACAACACAGGCCUCAGAAUAAGGCGAGCAUAAGGUGAAUCGAAAACGGAAACGAACUGUCGAUCGUGCACGGGCUAUAGUGUUUAUCAGAUUGAUCAAAUAACACCUUGUUUUCGAUCGAAAUAAAAUUGUUAGACCGUGUCGCAUAUCGAAGACAUUUGGCAUUACGUUUAAGGAACUUUCCAACUUUCUUCGUUGCGAACAGAAGCCGUACGCGCAAUCAUAAAGAGAUGGCGGCGAGACACUGGACAACCGUGAUCUUUGCGACCGUAAUCAUGAUCGUCGGGUUUUUACUCGGAUCGAUAGCAGAGACCGCGGCGACGAUAGCACAACCGAAGGCACCUAACUUCCAGUAUUUCGAACGCCCCAAAUACCGGUAUCCGUACUACGAUGAGAACGGAAGAGGGAAAUUACUCUACGGCUACGGAGGACCCGAUCUGUACCAGUAUAAAACUUACAGUGCCCUCGAGGGAAUUCACUGAAACGACAAGAAGCGAUAAAUCAUGCUUUACCUAAUUAAGUAUAAUUGUGUAACAUCGUGUUGAUCGACAAUCUCCUCGCUGUUACAUUAACACGCUGAUGUUAAAAAUAAAUCUGCGACAAAUCAA